AUCUCAGCCUCGUCCGACAUCUAGUCUCCCACGAUAUCUCUCACGUUCACAGAUAUAUGCCAACAAACACGAAUUUCACGACGCUGUCCGCGACAGACGUACCCAGGCUGAGCUGAAGUCGCCUGUGCCAUCAUCACCAUUGCAACAUGUCAUACUACUUCGUCAUCAUCUCCCCAACCGACACGCCGCUCUUCGAAUUAACGUUCGGCACCUCCAAAGCUGGCGGCGAUGGCGUCGCUCGAUUUCGCAACGGCGAAACAUCGCGGUACAUGAACCAAUUCGUCGUGCACGCCGCCCUAGACGUUGUCGAUGAAGUCCAAUGGUUAAGUCCGAACAUGUGGCUCAAGGUUAUCGAUAACUACGCCCCGACAAACUCACACAUCAGCUGCUUUAUCACGGGGACGAACGUGCGAUUCAUGCUUCUUCACCAACCUUCCGCCAUGACCAACGCAUCCGCUGGGAAUCGCGCCUCGACUAUAUCCGCGACAUCGAUUCCUCAGAACCCGACCAGCCCUCAGACCGAGGAGGCUAUUCGCCAGUUCAUGACCGAGGUUUUCGAAGUGUGGGUCAAGACGUUGAUGAACCCCUUUUACAGUGUCGGGAAACCUAUCAAGAGUCCCGUGUUCAGACAACGAGUCACUGCUGCUGGCCGAAAGUGGUUAUAGUUGUGCUUCGACCACGUAUCCUUUGUGUGGCUAUUGUUUGCGGUCGUCGAUUUCAAACAAAGGAAGGCAAGCCCCCAUUUUAGCAAAUCUGAUGCGCGGCCAACCACAAAUUACUCAUUAUCCAUGGCCCUGAUUGAGCGACAGUUGGAACAGAUUCCCUCAGUGUCGAGCAUUGGACUUCACAAUCCCGGCUCAAGCAGCUCAUU